AUGUUAGAGGAUGCAUCAUUGUUAUCAUGUUAUAAGAUUUGUGGAGAUAGUUCAACAAUUUGGUUUAAUUAAAUAUGUCCUUUUGUUAUUUGUGCAUCUGGAUAUAAUAAUGUAAAUGAUUAAUGUAUACCAAUUUGUGGAGAUUUAUAAGUUGUUACAGAAGAAAAUUGUGAUGAUGGAAAUUCUAUCUAAUUUGAUAGAUGUCAUAAUUGUAGAUUUUAAUGUCCUGUUAAAUGUACCACCUGUAAUUUUGCAACAGUAUUUCCGUGUCCUGAUAUUUGUGGUGAUGGAAUUGUUAGUGGAUUAGAAGAAUGUGAUGAUUCUAAUAAUAUUUAAUUUGAUGGAUGUUAUUAAUGUUUAAUUGAAUGUUAACCUGAAUGUACAAGAUGUAACAAAGGAGUAUGUACUAGUUGUCUUACUUUUGGUUGGGUAUUAGAUCCUUACACAAAACGAUGUAUUGAAACUUGCGGAGACAAAUAUUAUGUUGGAAAUGAAUAAUGCGAAGAACUCAACACUCUAAUGUUAGAUGGAUGUUAUAAUUGUAAAUUGUCAUGCUAAAAUUCUUGUUUGACAUGUACAAUUAAUGGUUGUACUCAAUGCCAAGCUGGUUUUAAAUUAAUUAAUAGAUAUUGUAGGAAUAUUUGUGGAGAUUCUAUUGUUGUGGAUGGAGAGGAUUGUGAUGAUGGCAAUUUAGAUCCAUUUGAUACAUGUCAUUAAUGUAUUUAUUAAUGUUAAAGUGAAUGUUUGUAAUGUAAAGAAGGAUAUUGCUUAUUUUGUAUUGAUGGAUUUUUAGCUUUUGAUGGAAUAUGUGUAGAUAUUUAUAAUAUUCCAAUUAUUCCUUAUUAUGAAUAAUAUUAUCAUGACAUAAUUGAAUUUUGUAAAAUAUAAAUUUAUGGAAUCUGCUAUGAAUGUCAUAAAGACUGUCAUUUAAAUAUUAUUUAUAAUGUUUGUGAAUUAGAUGAAAACAAGGGAAUUAUUAAGAUUGAAAUAGAUGAAACUUUACCUUAACUUAUUUAAUAUUGUCAAAUUUAGAUAAAUGAUAUGUGCAUUAUUUGUUAUAAAAAUUAUGAACUAGAUAUAUUUACUAAUGUGUGUGAACCUAUAUGUGGAGAUGGAAUUCUCAGUGGAACAGAAGAGUGUGAAGAUUAUAAUCAUUAAGUUCUUGAUGGAUGUUAUCAAUGUAAAUAUCAAUGUAAUUAAUACUGCGAAAUCUGUGAGUUUGGAAAAUGUAUCCUAUGUUAAUUAAAUGCUAUUUAUGUUCCAGCAACGUAUUAAUGUGAAAGUGUAUAAUUAUGUACCUAACCUGGAAGCUACUAUAAUUAAGAUAUUAAUUAGUGUUAUAGUAUUUGUGGUGAUGGUCUAACAUAUUUAAACGAAGAGUGUGAUGAUGGUAAUGAUAUAAAAUUUGAUGGGUGUCAUUAAUGUAAAUAUUCUUGUUAACCUGGUUAUAAAAUAACUAAUGGAGAAUGUAUUCUAAAUUAAAUUGAAUGUGAUGAGGGAUAUGAUUAUUCUUUUAGUAGCUUAUCUUGUAAGCCUGUUUGUGGAGAUGGAAUCAUUAUUAAGCCUUUUGAAGAAUGCGAUGAUGGCAAUGAAGUAAUAGAUGAUGAAUGUCAUUUAUGCAAAUUAUAAUGUAGUAUUAAUUGCUAAGUAUGUUCAAUUCAAAAUAUUUGUCUCGAAUGUAAGGAAGGCUAUGAAUUAAUUGAUUUUACAUGCUAAUACUUAAAUAACUAAAUAUGUUAAAUAAAUAAUUGUGAAAUUUGUCAACAAGAUUAAUGUUUAGACUGUUUUAUUGGAUAUUAUUCAAAUACUAAUGAAUGCAUUCCUCUAUGUGGUGAUGGAAUUCUAACUAAAUAAGAAGAAUGUGAUGAUGGUAAUCUUAUUAAUGGCGAUGGUUGUGAGGAUGAUUGUAUCCUAACAGAAAAUGCAUUAUGUAGAAAUGACGAAUGUAUUAUUCUAAUCUAUCCAUAUCCAAUCUUAGAAUUUGAUAAAGAAAAUUAAGGUGUUUAAUAUAUCAAUCUUAGAUAUAGUUCAUAAAUGA